AUGCCUUCUUACCAAUUCCGUCGCGACGAUGCACCCUCGUUCGACUCCAAAAUGUUCUACACCUUGCGCAACCCCAACGCGCCCACAGGCUCUCUCAGCUCAGGCAUUUACACCGACACAAACGGCGCCAUCAACAUGACGCUUGACGGCUCGCUCUCUUCGGAAAACUGGCAGUUGUUCUUCCAAUCCGGGCGCUACUUUAUCCGCAACUACGACUACGGCGCGAAAUGGCAACUCGGCAUCACGGAGGAAUCUCGCAGUAUUCCCAAGCUGUAUGAAAGGAGUGGGAGUGUGAGUCAGCAAUGGAGACUGCUCAAGGCCGGGGAUGGCUGGCAUUUGGUCAAUGAGUUGUGGGGGGAGGGGACGGUAUUUGCGCUGCCGAGGGGGUGGUUGGUUCCUGCGAUGCGGAGUGAGAUGGAUGGCGCGACGUGGAAUAUUACCAGCAAUCCAAGCGCGGCGAAAAGUCAACCGCUCAAAGACGACAUGCUCAGUGUGGUGGAGAACUUCGAAUCGCCCUCCCCUUCUCCGUCACCAUCGCCAUCACCAUCUUCGGCCUCAGCUGGACCAGUAUCCACUCCAAGCGCAACGCCUCUUGCAACGUCCAUGUCCACCCCUUCGUCCUCCACAUCCGCCAUCUCUUCCUCGCCGGCAUUAUCCAGUGGCGCAAUCGCCGGCGUCGCCAUCGCAGUCAUCGUAUUCUUCGCCUCCAUCAUCUUCGCGCUAUGGUUCCUUCUCAUCCGGAGAAAGGAUAAUUCGAGGAAUCAUGGUACGCCGUAUGAAUUCGAUGCCACGCCUGUUGCUAGCGAGAAGUAUGCGUAUGUUAAGGCGACAGAAAUGCCAGCGAGACCUGUGCGGUCGGAAUUGGCGGAGAGAGAUCCGGUGUACGAGUUGCCUGCGAGGUAGAGGGGAAGAUGGAUGGAAUGUUGAUUGUGGAGUAUCGUCCAAUGGACCAACAAUUGGGAAUCAUGUGGGCUUCAUGGGUCUUGGAACGACACUUCGACAGCGAUGAACGAGUAUUUGACAUGGGCGGGCGGAAAUCUAUGCAAUCCUCCUGGAUGGAAAGAUUGAAAAGCCUCAUGUUGCUCAAUUGGAGCUCUGCUUGUCCGGCAGAUGUGUC